AUGGACGACGAGCACAAAAAGAUGUCAUGGUCACCAUUGACUGCCACUGUUUACGAUGGAAUGAAUGGUCGAAAAGGUUUGGAAAGCGUGACGCCGCUGAGUAUGGAAGUCGAGUGGGAUCCAUACGUGCGACGCAAGCAAUAUGGUGUUGGGUUGCAGCCAACUGUGGGACUAUUGCGCAAUGAUCGGACGCCUCUUAAUACGCCGUACACACCACAGCUAAUGAAACUCCAUUUGAAGCGGCAUGAGGCAUACGAUGAGCAGGACGAGUACGUUGAAAGACCGGGCAAGCAACUUGUGACAACGCUCAAGUCGAAGAUUGUGCUAAUGAUGCAGCUUGUACACAAGAUUCACGCCGUGAUAAGUCGUAUCGUGACAAGCACAGUGCCAAGAUUUAUCCAAGACACCAACCUAUUUGCCAAAAUGCAGAUGUGGAUUGUCUGGCAAUUGACAGCCGUCGUGUGCAUGCCAUUUAUCAUGCUAUUGAGCCCGAUGAUUAUCGCGCUCAGCAUCUGUACGUCACCAAUAUGGGUUUCUGGUAUUGCAGUUCUACUCGUUUGCCUGCUGAUACGGAGUCAACGUCCUGCCGAGGUCGAGUUCAGCCCCGAUCCAGACGAAGAGAAAGAAGAAGAAACAAGUUUGCAUCACCCUAAUUUUAUGUACCGGCGAGCGCAUCUUACAAACAAGUACAACCAGCAAGGAUACGACUAA